AGUUUUCCCAUAAAAAUCUUAUUUUUCUAUGUACAGUUUUACCAGAACUCUAUCGGAUUUCAUAAAUUUGAUCUUUCUGGAUUUGUACAUUUUUUCUUGAAUUUAGAUGUAAUUUACUCUAUUUUUCGCAUGAAUUUAUUUUCUGCCAAUUUUCAAAAAUAUAAUCCUUUUUCGUUUCAAUUGCCACUAAAUUAGUGGAAACUAACUGGAGUUAAUAGUAACGGGAAAAGGGUUAACCAUAGUUCAUUAAUGUGUGUGUUUGAUUGGGUGUAGUACAGGCUGAGUUAUAUAAAAGGCAGAGAUGGAGAAAAAUUCGAGAGAGGGAUUAUUAUUGAGAUCAUCUCAUCAUAAUCAGAAGAGACAAAGUCAGCUGCUACGACGACGUCAUCUAAUUUCGUGUUACAAUGGGGGAACCGGAAAAGACUUUGGUGCAUGAAGGUACAAAAUAAGAAUAUCAACAACAACAAUAAUACUGACUCGGCCGAUUUGGUGGCGGUUCAGAGAAACCCGCUUCGAGUUGAUCGACUUGUUGUGAGAUCCGAUUUAAACAAAGACUCCGGCAAUCAACCCACUGUUGUGGGUGCUAAUGGUAACUGUUAUUUAAAUCUCCGGCAGAGAGCGGCCUCCCCUUCUCAUCGAAUUCUCAGGAAUUCAAACUGCGAUGAGAGAAAGGAGCAACGGGUUAAGAGGGAUGGCUUCUUCGGACAAGGUGGGUACGCACGAUAAGCGAGGAAGCAGUGCUGCGCACGUUAACAACCACCACCAGCAUCAAAACGCUAAGACCAAUAAUGAUGAUGCUAACAACAAUCACCACCACCAAGGCGCUGGAGGAGGUGGGUCUGCAUCGCCGGAAACUGCGCACGAUAGCAAGAAAGGAGGAGGAGGAGGAGGAGGAGGAGGUGGGUCUUCAUCAGGAAGCGAGGCGCUUCCGAUGGUGUGGCCACCGAAGUUUGUGAUCGGGUUAACAAACAAGGAGAAAGAAGAGGAUUUCAUGGCCAUCAAAGGCUCAAAGCUACCUCAACGACCCAAGAAAAGAGCCAAGUUCAUUCAACGUACUCUCAAUCUGAUUAGUCCAGGGGCAUGGCUAUGUGAUUUAUCGUUGGAGCGAUAUGAAGUUAGAGAGAAAAAAGUAUCCAAGAAGAGACCAAGAGGGCUCAAAGCUAUGGGAAACAUGGAAUCUGACUCGGAAAAUGGGAGUGGAGAACGAUCAAGGGCAAAGCUGAUAUUAAACUCAAUUUGUAAGGGUAAAAUGCUAAGUUGAUAUAUUAGAUGUUUUCCACACAACUCCGGAAGCAUCUCUCAUUCUCAAAGAAGCAAUGCCGAAGUUGAAGCGUCGCAGAGCCGUUUUUAUCUAAGACAAAGAAGAAGGGGAAGGAGCACAAAGAAAACAUUGUUAAUUCAAUAGGGGAAUGUGCCGAAAAGUAUAGUUCAGUGUAUUUGUGAAAAUUUUGACUUAUUUAGAGUUGCUACUUAAUUUAUUUGAAAAGAAAUUUAGAAAACCUUUUAAAGUUACUUAAACGAUCCAAAAUAAAAAAAAUCAUUUAAGUUUGAA